GAUCCUUCACCUUUUAAAGUCUUAUACUCAUGUACAGGGAUCUGCCGACGGAACUGCUGUCACGGCGCUCGGCCUACGUGCGCAUUCGCACAGAGCCGGUGAGUGUUAGAAACUGUGCACACGUGUGUCAGCAGGUACCUGUUAAAUGAGGCGGGUUGAAAACGGUAAAGACAGAAGGCUGUUGUUUUUAUCCACAUCAGCUGUUACUCAGCUGAGUGACACACAGGCAGACGUGCGCGAUGGGAAAUCACCUUGGCCCCGAUGACGGAGGGCGCUCUGGGUUCAGCGGCAGAAGAUCACCCCAGGUUGAGACUUGGGUCUUUGAGGAGGUCGCGGAUCUUCUGGUUUCCUAUGUUAAGAAACCAAAUCAAGAUUAAAAUAUUAAAAUAUUAGUUAUUUUAAGUGGUUGAAACUCUUGUCACAGCCUCGUGCCCCUCAUCGCUGGUUGCAGCAGUUCAACCAGGAAGUGUUUUAGAUUCUGAAAGUCUAAUAAGUUAAAAUCCUUGUUGAAAAGUUUGUGACUUAUACUUAUGUUAUUCUGUUUGGACCCUCCAGACUGCCGUUCAGAUGUCGCCGUGCAUGACCUCACACCUCUGCCUGCUGGCCUUACCAGUGAUGUCACUGCUGCUGCUCUUCUCUCCUAUUGGUUGGAGCUACGAUGGCCUCACCCCUGGCUGUCACCUUCACCCCUUCAACGUGACCAUCCGCAGUGACCGCCGCAGCACGUGCAAAGGCACCCAUCUGGUCUACGCGUGCGUUGGCUACUGUGAGUCCAGCGCCUUCCCGUCCAGAUACUCCGUGCUCGUGGCCUCCAACUUCACGCACAACAUCACCUCCGCUUCGCGAUGCUGCACCAUCAGCAAGGACGCCAAGGUCAAAGUUCGCCUGGACUGCCCCCGCGGUCGUCACCAUGACGAAAUAGAGAUCCUGACAGCGAAGGCGUGUCGCUGCGACAUGUGCCGCAAGUCCCGCUACUGACGCGUCAAGACGACGCGCUGUGUCGGACCGGGAUUAGAACCAGAUUACAGUGUCAGUGACAGCCCAGUAGCUUUACUUCUUCUAUCUGCGUUGACUUCUUUUGAGUGUUGAAGACAUUUUCUUUGUUUUCCCUGAACACAAAUUGGCCUUCCACCGUGUUACUGCCGAAAACAGAGUGACCCUCGUUUGUUUUCUUACAUCAAUUUGACAGAAAAUGCUGACGAGAAUCUGAAAGUUUCUAACAAACCAAAAGUGGAAUUUUUAAGAGAGAUUUGCCAUGGAUCAGUAACCUAGUGAUUUGAUAUUAAAAUCCCAAAUUCACACUUUGCGUGUGUGUGUGUGUGUGUGUGUGCGUGGGUGUGUGUGCGUGCGUGUGUGUAUUUGUUCUGUGUUUUCUGUGUUGUGUAAAAUAUGAUGUGGGGGUGGCUGUUCUAGAAAACUUGACACACAUUUGUGUUCAAUGCUGUUCUGUCACACAAAACCGAACCUUUUUCAUGUUCUGCUUUGACACUUGAUUUACAUGCACACAGCUUUAAAUAAAGAAUAGUCAUACUAUCAUGCAUACUUUAGAAGUACGCGGUGACUCAUAAUCAAACUCACUGGUUUCACCUCUCUUUUAUAUUGAAUUAUAUAUAUAUAGGUUAUAAUGAAACAAAGAGUGGUCUCAAACUUUUGGACCACACUGUGUCAUAACUAUUGAAAACUUUACAGGGGAGACAGUCAAGAAAUCUGCUCAUAGGCUCGUAUUAAACGUCAGUAAAAGUCAGUAUAUUAUUAACGUUUGGAAUCAAGGUCAUAAAGUUCAUAUCAAUGAAUUGUUUCAUUCUUUGCAAUAACCACUAAGCCCAGACACAUAAGACUAAAGAAUGUACAAAAUCUAUUUAUAUUUAUGAAUUUGAACUGAAAGACGUUUUGUAAAUAAUGAUCUAUUGAUGAAUCCAAAGAAUGUUUGAAAUAUCAAUGAAAGGAAAAGAGAGAGAAUGCACUGUA